CAGCGGGAAGUGGGGAUGGGGGAGCCCCUCCAUGGAGCCCAUAGGGUACAGGAGCAUGGCAGGAUGGGGGCUGGCCUCAUCCUGUGCUUCUGUCAGCAUGGCUGCAGGCCAGGAGGGAGCAGCAUGCCAGCAAGGAGCAAGCCUGUCCGACCUGUUCCUCCAGGCUCAGGGGCCCAGAACAGGCUGCUGUUCCCAGCUGGAGCACUGGACACCCCAGGGCUCAGUGGAGGGCAGGCAGGAGGGGAAGGGAGGCUGGCACAGCAGUGGCAGUGGGUGCUGAUGGGACUCAGGCAUCCUGGCCCCAAAACAGGAGUGUGACACCCCCACCCCAGCACCCGUUUUUGGGCUCAGCUCAGUUUGGGUGAGCCCAAUGCUGGACUGAGGAUGCUCUGGGGGGGCCUGGGGGGCCCAUGGAGGUGCAGCACCACUGGUGCUUGAUCUUAAUCACCUGCAAUAGAUGCCCGGGCUGGAUCCUGGCACUGGCACAGUGCUGUGACCCCAGGAUGCUUCUCCUCCUUUGGUGGUUUCCCUGCAAAACGGGCAGUGGGGGCUGGCAAGGGAGAAACAGAGAAAACAGGGAAAACAGAGCUGUUGAGCCAGGCACAGGACAGAUCCUCCACAACUGUUUCCCAGGAAAUUCCAACCCUAAAAAAAGCCUGUUUUUGUGCUGAGAGGUUGCAAAACUGCAAGAGGAGCAGCCAGACACCCUGUGUCACCCAGCCGUGGGGCCACGGGGGAUCUCAGCAGGGGCCGUCCCUGGCCAGCACAAGGGGCUCGUUUGGGUGCUGGCCGAUUGGGUCAGCCCUGCCUUCCUGGAAGGUGGCCUUUGAAACCAGCAGCAUUUCCUUAAAGUCUCCUCAGGGGAAAGUCCCCGCGGUGCCGUUCCCGCGGCCGGGACGGUCGCACCGCCUGCUGCCUCCAUAAAACACGGGCCAGAGGCGGGCAGGCAGCGGGGACAUCGCACCAUGGGCAACUGGCUGGUCAACCACUGGUUCUCAGCCGCCGUCCUCGCAGCCUGGCUGGGCAUCAACAUCUUCCUCUUCACCUACUACUUUCUGUUCUUUGACCGGGAUGAGCAGUAUUUCUACACCAGAGCCAUCCUUGGGUCUGCCUUGGCGUGGGCUCGAGCAUCAGCCAAGUGCCUCAACUUCAACAGCAUGCUGAUCCUGCUGCCCGUCUGCCGCAACCUGCUGUCCUUCCUCCGCGGGACCUGCUCGUGCUGCCGGCGGACGUUGCGGAAGCAGCUGGACCACAACCUCACCUUCCACAAGCUGGUGGCCUACACGCUGGCCCUGCUCACAGCUGUGCACACCAUUGCCCACCUCUUCAACCUGGAGCGCUACAACCAGAGCCAGCAGGCCACCGACGGCAGCCUCCCCGCUGUCCUCUCCAAAAUGCACCUGCAGGGCAGCAAGUGGCUGAACCCCAUCCACUCCAACCAGACAACCGUCGAGUACGUGGCUUUCACGACCAUCCCGGGGCUGACGGGGGUGAUCAUCACGCUGGCACUCAUCCUCAUGGUCACGUCCUCCACCGAGUUCAUCCGCAGGAACUACUUUGAGCUCUUCUGGUACACACACCACCUCUUCCUCAUCUACUUCGCUGGCCUCGUCAUCCACGGCAUCGCUGGGCUGGUGCGUGGGCAGACGGAGCAGAGCAUGGCAGAGGUGCACCCCUACCAGUGCUCCGAGUACCUCGCCCUGCGGGACCAGAACUGCACCCACAACUGCUGCAAAGACCCCGAGUUUGGGAGCAUCCCUGCCGAGUCCUGGAAGUGGGUUCUUGCCCCCAUCAUCCUCUAUGUUUUUGAGCGGAUCCUGCGGGUCUGGCGUGCACAGCAGAAGGUGGUUGUCACCAAGGUGGUCAUGCACCCUGCCCGUGUGCUGGAGCUGCAGAUGCAGAAGAAGGGCUUUUGCAUGGAGGUGGGGCAGUACAUUUUUGUCAACUGCCCCUCCAUCUCCCCGCUGGAGUGGCACCCCUUCACCCUCACCUCUGCACCCGAGGAAGAUUUCUUCUCCAUCCACAUCCGGGUGGCUGGCGACUGGACAGAGCGUCUCAUUGACACCUUCCAAUUGGAAAUACCCAGGAUCGAGGUGGAUGGUCCCUUUGGCACGGCCAGCGAAGACGUGUUCCAGUACGAGGUGGCCAUGCUGGUUGGAGCAGGCAUCGGUGUCACCCCCUUCGCCUCCAUCCUCAAGUCCAUCUGGUACAAGUUCCAGCAGGCUGACCAGACCCUCAAGACCAAGAAGAUCUACUUCUACUGGCUCUGCCGGGACACAGGAGCCUUUGCCUGGUUCAACGACCUGCUUGCCUCCCUGGAGCAGAAGAUGGCCGAGUCGGGCAAGGCAGACUUCCUCACCUACCGUCUGUUCCUCACAGGCUGGGACACCAGCAUUGCCAACAACGUGGCGCUCCACUUCGACACCGCUACGGACACAGUGACGGGCCUCAGGCACAAAACCAUCUUCGGGCGGCCCAUGUGGAACAUGGAGUUUGCAGCGGUGGCUGCAGCCCACCCCAGGUCAGUGGUCGGUGUGUUCCUCUGUGGGCCAGAGGCCCUGGCAAAGAGCCUGCAGAAGUCUUGUCACCAACACUCCAGCCUGGACCCCAGGAAGGUCAAAUUCUAUUUCAACAAGGAAAACUUUUAAGUGGCAGCGAGGCUGGUGCCCCAGCGGGCAGGGACCCUGAUUGUUGCCUCAAGCCUCUUCCAAAGCAAAGCCAGGGAAAAGUAUCUGUGCACGCACUGAAGCCAGGCAGGACACAGCAAGGUACUGCGUCUCCACGAAAAAUUCCAGGUUCAAAGACUGCUGUCCUCCUGUUCUGGUGUACAAGGGGUCCCCAUGGAGCAAGCGGGCCUGUAGCUCCAGGCAGUCCCCUCACUGGGAAACCACUCGUUCUGUGAUGCUGCUGGAGCCCAGCGGGUUGGGCAGAACCACGGGGUGGGGAUGGGACGUGGGCAUCCACGCAGGUGUCAGGGGCCAAACAUGCCUCAGAGCCUCAACAGUCUUUUGUAUAAGAAUAAAUUAAACUUCUUUGUAAUGAAA